AUGCGGCGGUACCUGCCGGUGGCCCGGCAACACUUCCUGGCGGCGCUGGCCGGCACCAGCGUGGUGGUGAAGUCGCUGAGCGCCGCCGUCCUCCUGCUCUACCUGCUCUCCUUCGGCCUGGACACGGCCUACGGCCUGGGCGUGACCCCCGGCUACCUUCUGCCCCCCAACUUCUGGGUCUGGACGCUGCUGACGCACGGGCUGGUGGAGGAGCGGGCCUGGGGCCUGGCGGCCAGCCUGGCCACGCUGGGGGCGGCCGGCCGGCUGCUGGAGCCCCUCUGGGGCGCCCUGGAGCUGCUGGUCUUCUUCGCGGUGGUGAACGUCUCGGUGGGGCUCCUGGGGGCCCUCGCCUACUUCCUCACCUACGUGGCCUCCUUCCACCUCGCUUACCUGUUCGCCAUCCGCAUCCACGGCGGGCUGGGCUUCCUCGGGGGAGUCUUGGUGGCCCUCAAGCAGACGAUGGGGGACAGCACCGUCCUGAAGGUACCCCAGGUCAGAAUGAAGGCUGUCCCCAUGCUCCUGCUCCUUCUCCUGGCUCUGCUGCGGCUUGCCACCCUUGUCGAGAGCAAUGUACUGGCCUCGUACGGCUUCGGGCUCCUCUCCAGCUGGGUCUAUCUCCGUUUCUACCAGCGGCACAGUAGAGGCCGUGGAGACAUGUCCGACCACUUCGCCUUUGCCACUUUCUUCCCCGAGAUCUUGCAGCCCGUGGUGGGUCUGGUAGCCAACCUGGUGCAUGGCAUCCUGGUGAAGGUGAAGGUCUGCCGCAAGACGGUCAAACGCUACGAUGUGGGUGCCCCGUCAUCCAUCACCAUCAGCCUGCCAGGGACGGACCCCCAGGAUGCCGAGAGGAGAAGGCAGCUGGCCCUGAAGGCCCUGAACGAGCGGCUGAAGCGCGUGGAGGACCAGUCGGCUUGGCCUAGCAUGGAGGACGACGAGGAGGAGGUGGCAGUGAAGGCCGACAGCCCACUGCUGCCCGACACUGGCGCAGCCGGGAAGGGCGCUGGCCAGGAGUCCAGCCUCAUCACCUUCCAGGAUGCCCCAUCCCAGCUGUGACCGGCCGACACACCGCCCCCCUUCCCCGCCCCGUCUCUGUCAGAGAGCUGCUAACCCCCCUCGUGUCCCCCCUGCACAGCCGGGACGCUCAGUGGGGAGCCAGGACUCUUUCCGCAGCAGAGGCAGGGGGGCUACCUCAUUCCAACGCUUCGUCGCCACUCGCGGCCAGCACCGGGCACCCAGGACGACGGCGCUGCUGCCACCGCAAGGACUGGGGUUCCUUGAGCCACUCCCCUCGGCGCAGGGCGGGCCGUGGACGUCUGCACAGGCAGCAGGGGCUGUUCCAGGAGGGGGACAUGGGGCUGAUCCCUGCCCCGAGACCGCUGCGCUUGCCCACACAGGAGCCAAGUCAGCAGCACUUCCUCGCUUCUCUGCGCCGGGGGUUGGCCAGAGCACGCAACACUUACUUCCUCCUUUCUGAAGGUAGUUUUGUCCGUAACCGAGGGAACAGGAAGGCUGGCGGGUUUCUUUUCCAAAUCCCUUUCCCAUGGGGAGCCUCCCCUGGCUCUGGCAGGAGCUCACUGUGACUGGUGAGAGGUUUGCCAGGCAAGGGGACAGGCUGCUGGGCAGGAGGGGUCUGUCCAGCCCCUCUUGGCGGUGGUCCAGCGCCACCAGCUCUGGGCUUUGCGG